AUGGGUGCACCUAAACAGAAAUGGACAGCAGAAGAAGAAGCAGCGCUAAAAGCUGGAGUGAUUAAGCAUGGAGCUGGGAAAUGGCGCACGAUACUUAAAGAUCCGGAAUUUAGUGGUGUCUUGUAUCUUCGUUCAAAUGUGGAUCUUAAGGACAAAUGGAGAAACAUGAGUGUAAUGGUAAAUGGAUAUGGGUCGAGAGAGAAGCCUAAGUUAGCACCUAAAAGGGUGCACCACGCCCAUAGACAGGAUGAGAACCCUUUGGCUGUUGGCACUGUUGUUCAAAGUGAUGAAGAUAUUCCAGAUGCCAAACCUCUUCAGGUUUGCAGUGCUGCAUUGCCGGUUGCUAAUCCGAAGAGAACUACUGUAAGGUUGGAUAAUCUUAUAAUGGAGGCAAUAACUAGCUUGAAGGAGCCUGGAGGUUCUCAUAAAUCAGCAAUUGCUGCAUACAUAGAGGAACAGUAUUGGCCACCAAAUGACUUUAAGAGGAUAUUAUCAGCGAAAUUGAAGUAUUUGGCAGCAAAUGGUAAACUGAUUAAGGUUAAACGGAAAUAUAGAAUUGCUCCCACUUCAGCAUUUGCUGAGAGAAGAAGGGUUUCUCCCUUAUUCUUGGAAGGAAGACACAGGAUCUCUCCCAAGAUUGAAAGGGAUGAUUUCAAUAUGCUUACAAUGUCUCAGGUUGAUUUGGAUCUGGGCAAGAUGAGGACUAUGACUGCAGAACAGGCUGCUGAGGUAGCGGCUCGAGCAGUUGCGGAGGCAGAAGCUGCUAUAGGAGUAGCUGAAGAGGCAGCAAGGGAGGCGGAGACAGCAGAAGCUGAUGCAGAGGCAGCACAAGCAUUUGCAGAAGCAGCUAUGAAGACCCUAAAAGGAAGGACCAACCCCAAGAUGGCUAUUCGAGCUUGA